AGAACAAAGAAAUCAAAAAAUUCAAUCUUUUUUCGAUAUCUGAGGGAGAGUAGGGAAUCUUUUUCCUUAGUUCCCUCACUACAUCUUCGACACCGCCUUCCACAUCAUUGUAGGUCUUCAAGAUCAUCAUAUCGGUUUCUCGUGUCCAAGAAGGUUCAUGGUUUUCCGUUUGGGCAGCAACUGGAACUUCUUCUGAACUUUUCUCUUUAGAAAUCAUGAUAGGAACAUAAACGCCAUUCUGGAGGGAAUUCAGUUGACCACCAGUGACCUGCAGUGGUCCACCUUUCCUCGGAGGUGGCGUACCAAGAACAGCACUCAGGUCAUCAAUGCAUUCUGCACCUUUGUCUUCAAGCAACUCCGAAUCGGAGCGUUUGCAUAGGUCGAUGAAUUCGAAGUCGGCCGGAGCUACUUUUUCAUCGUAUGGCAAUGGAAGCCAUUGACGGAUGUAAUUCCACAAUGGUCGUUCAUUGCCUAGUAGGUCCGCAAGUCUAUCGCAGAACUCCGACUCGCUCAAGGUUUGACCUCAAUGGCAAGUAACAUCUGGAUAGCGCCGUGAUAUGCUCGGCGGAGAGAACUAGUGAGUAAUUCUGGGGGCAACACAGCCUCAUCAGCCAAUAGAGACAAUAAGACCAAUACAUCCGCGUGGUCUGGGAGGAGAACAGUCGUAAGCCGAUCGAACUGCGCCUCAAGGUUCUCUGAGCCCAGAACUAUUCGUUCAACAGUACGCCAUAUGUCUUGGUGCAUGAACGUCCGAUGUUUGACGUCCAAUGCAAUCUUUCUAGCAAGAUUAUUCAUUUGCCGAAACCGAUGAUGGGGACUUUGCAUACACUCCAAGCCCAUCCUCUCCUUCUCAGUGCGAGUUCUACGUUUCAUCCUCGUCUUUCCAGCAGCGUCCAUCUCAUCCGUGGUCUCAGCAGUGUACAUUUCCGACCCAAGAGCGUCUUCAGAGUAAUCGUUUGCUAUGGAUCCGACGCCGAAUGCUGAAGAUGCCCUCAUAUUCACAUAAUCGUAGACAAAAGGACCAGGAUCGUUACUCGUACAAUCCCAAGCUUCUUUCCAGCACUCUGCCUGCGACGCCAUACCAGUCAGAUCAGUCUUUCGGAUCGCAUCAGUUGGAACUCGUUUGAUCUCGACUUUUGCAAACAGAGCUCUGCUAACUGCCGAGGGAGCUCGCAAAAGUGUUGGACUUCUUGUUCGGGCAUCGUCGCGUGGCGUAACAGGCACUCCCAAAUCAGAUCCAGGACUCGAGCGACUUAGUUGGUAAGCAGUUCCAAGCGGAGAGUAGUCGGAUGGAGUGUUGAACGUAGGUGUCUUCGGUACGAAUGGCGAGUUGAAUUCCGCUGCAGGUAUAUCCUGCUGUCGUGGAGUGCAAAUACCGUAAUCUUCAUAAUCGAAAUCACUGUCUUUCCAAGCACAAGACAAAGACUGAAAAUUUCUUAA